UCUUAUUUGCAAAUCGUUUCUUCGUUGCUGGGUCUCAUUACGAUGACGGUUCUGAAGGAGUGCAUCUGUAAUUCGUCGCUCAAUCGUUUUUACUUUCUAGCCAUUUCGGGUUAUCGCCUCACUAACUUGGGGUAUGAUUAUCUGGCUUUGCAUCAGCUGUUCAAGUCCGGCCAAUUGGUCGAUCUUCGAUCAAUGAUUGGUACUGGGAAGGAAUCAGAUACUGCUGGGCUCCCAAGCGAUACUGAAGAUUCGGAUACUCCUGAUAACGCUACUCGGUUGAUCGACCCAGGUACACCGGUCGUUGUUAAAUUUCAUCGACUCGGCCGAACUUCGUUCAGAAAGGUCAAAGAAAAGCGUGAAUAUCAUCAACAUCGCAAUACCUGCUCCUGGUUAUACCUUGAUCGCCUAGCCUCCCAACGCGAGUUCUCCAUGAUGAAGGCUCUGUACGAUCAUGGACUCCCGGUUCCAACACCGCUGGCACACAACCGAAAUGCAGUGGUAAUGUCAUAUGUAUCUGAUUCCCUUCCCAUGGCACGUGUUAUGCCCAGCGUUUUACGGGCUGGUAACGGUGCGGUGGCAAAACACUUGUACAUGCAAGCUCGAGAUGUGUUACAUAAAAUUAGCUCCAUUGGAUUGAUUCAUGGGGACUUCAACGAAUUUAACUUGAUGCUUGUCCUCAUUGACUUUCCUCAAAUGAUCAGUCGAGAUCAUGAAACAGCUGAGAGUUUCUUGCGAGUGCUAUCGUUUGUCACAUUGUUUUUGGUCUUUGUUUAUUUAUUUGCGCGACAUUCGCUUUGUACAACCAUUAAUCGUGCACUUUCGUACGCCGGUUUGGGUUGCUUUGGUUGUCUUUUAGCUGCCCAUUUGGAUGAACAGCAGGAGAAAGACAGGGAGGUUGGAAGUAGAAUCAAAGAGAAAAUUUAA